UCUUGCUCUGGCUGGGUCCUUGUGUUUGUUGUAUCAAUUUGUAUGUCAAUUAUCAAUUAACCCUUGUUUAACAAUGGCUUGUUGAUUAUUAAAAAGCUGUGCUCUGGACUGAUACUGUCGAUGUGCACUGUGGAGCGCGCGUAAAACAUGGCGACCGGAGGCGAAGAUCUCUGGCGCGAGUGCGCGUCCUGGCUGACGAGAUGUGGCUUGCUGCGUCCGGACCACAAGGCGAAUUGGGAAACUAGCACCAUCCACGACCUGGCGUACACCCUACGCGAUGGAGUUCUGCUGUGUAACCUCUUGAACGUGCUGCACCCGGGCUGCAUCGACAUGAAGGACGUGAACCAACGGCCUCAGAUGGCGCAGUUCUUGUGCAUGCGCAACAUAAAAGUGUUCCUGAGGACAUGCCAUGAAGUGUUUGAGCUUCGGGAGACAGAUCUGUUUGACCCAUCCAUGCUGUUUGAUCUGUCCAACUUCCAUCGAGUACUGUGCACACUGGCAAAGUUGAGCCAAUGUCCCAAAGCACAAGUCAAAAAUGUUAAACCAUUUUCAGCACACAGGACCCAGUCCGAAGAAGAUAUUUAUAAAGACCUGCAAUCUGUUAGCGCGAGCGUGUCGCUCGAAGCGCCGCCGUACAGCAUGAGCGAGAGCCCGAGCGGGGCGCAGGCCGAGGUGCCGUGGGUGCAGUUCACCAUCCCCAGCGCCACCUGCGAGGAUCGCGUCGAAGAAAUUUACGAGGACCUCUGCUAUGUCAAGUUCACUUCAGCGAUGCCGGAGCGAGUAAUUGACAUAGCAUCUCGCACCGCGACAAUUGUGCUCAUUAGCACCUACAUUCCAAUUGAAUUCCUCAGCACACAAACCGGCGGCGCGGGCGCGGCGGGCGGCGACGUCGGUGAGUACGCGAGCUACUGCGCGCGCAUCCACGACGAGGAGAUAUACCACGACCUCUGCGCCGUGAAGGUCGCCCGCGACACCCCCGUCGUGCAACACCACCCGCCCGCUUUCAACACACUAGCGACGUCGUCGCUCAGUCUAGAGAAACGGGACUACGUGAUACGGGAGCUAGUGGACACAGAGUCCAACUAUGUGGACGUGCUGAGCAAAAUAAUCAAAUACUUUCUGAGGCCGCUCACGCCGUAUCUGAAGCCGCAGGAUCUGCAAGUUAUAUUCUUUGGCAUAAAGGAGCUUCACGAAACACACACCGGGCUGCUGCGGCAGUUAAAGCUAGCAACAGACGUGUGCGUGCCGGGCAGCGGGACGCCGCGGCUGGCCGAUGUCUUCCUGGCGUGGCGCGAGCGACUGCUGCUGUACGGAGACUACUGCUCCAACCUCACGCACGGCCAGGACACGCUCAAGGCGCUCGACGCGAGGGACGCCACGUUCAGCAAGCAGCUGGCGCGACUGCUGCUGUACGGCGACUACUGCUCCAACCUCACGCACGGCCAGGACACGCUCAAGGCGCUCGACGCGAGGGACGCCACGUUCAGCAAGCAGCUGGCGCGACUGCUGCUGUACGGUGACUACUGCUCCAACCUCACGCACGGCCAGGACACGCUCAAGGCGCUCGACGCGAGGGACGCCACGUUCAGCAAGCAGCUGGCGGUGAGUCUGACACGCUGCGUCCUGUUGCGGCUGGCUGAUGUGUUCCUGGCGUGGCGCGAGCGACUGCUAUUGUACGGCGACUACUGCUCCAACCUCACGCACGGCCAGGACACGCUCAAGGCGCUCGACGCGAGGGACGCCACGUUCAGCAAGCAGCUGGCGCGACUGCUGCUGUACGGCGACUACUGCUCCAACCUCACGCACGGCCAGGACACGCUCAAGGCGCUCGACGCGAGGGACGCCACGUUCAGCAAGCAGCUGGCGGUGAGUCUGACACGCUGCGUCCUGUUGCGGCUGGCUGAUGUGUUCCUGGCGUGGCGCGAGCGACUGCUAUUGUACGGCGACUACUGCUCCAACCUCACGCACGGCCAGGACACGCUCAAGGCGCUCGACGCGAGGGACGCCACGUUCAGCAAGCAGCUGGCGAAAUGCCAGAAGGAGCACAGCGACGGGCGCAUCCAGCUACGGGACAUCCUGUCGGUGCCGAUGCAACGCGUGCUCAAGUACCAUUUACUGCUCGACAAACUCGUGCACGAGACGCAGCCGAACCAUGAAGAUUUCCGUGGGCUUGAACGGGCGAAGGAAGCUAUGGUCGAUGUAGCUCAGUACAUAAAUGAAGUGAAGAGAGAUAGCGAAGUGCUGGUACUGCUAGCUAAAGUACAGGAGAGCAUAAUAGACUGGGAGGGCGGCGCACUGGGCGCGGGCGGCGCGGGCCUGGCGGCGUACGGCCGGCUGCUGCUGGACGGCGAGCUCAAGGUCAAGGCGCACGAGGACCAGAAGCUCAAGACGCGCUACGUGUUCGUCUUCGACAAGCUCAUGCUGCUCUGCAAGCCCGUCAAGGACAAUCAGUACUCGUACCGGGUGGGCGUACGCCUGGCCGAGUACCGCGUGGAGGAGGGCGGAGGGCGGAGACUCCGCGGGGACGCGCGUUGGGCCUCGCACUUCUACCUCGUACGCCGGACCAAGGAUGCCACCUACACGCUGUACGCGCGAACCGACGACUGCAAGCGCAAGUGGGUCAAGGCCAUCCGCGACGCCAUAGACAAUUUGGAACCACCCGGCUGUAGAAGUACAAAUCACAAAUUCGUUUUACACACAUUCGAGAAACCAGCAACGUGUCAUCAUUGUUCAAAAUUCCUCAAAGGCAGAAUAUUUCAGGGCUACCUGUGCUCGGUGUGCAACGCGUGCGCGCACAAGGAGUGCAUCGCGCUGUCGGGCCGCUGCGGCGGGGGAGCCGCGCCCGCGCCGCCGCUGCCGCCGCACCACCACCAGCCCGACCAGGCGCUGCACUACUACAUGUGGUACGUGGGUGAAAUGGACCGUGACAUGGCGACGUCGCGGCUGGAGCGGCGCGUGGACGGCACGUUCCUGCUGCGCGUGCGGCCGCGCCACACGCACCACGCGCACACCGACACGCACUACGCGCUCUCGCUCAAGUCAGUACCGACGCUGUCUCGCUCCGACGUAGGCCCGGUGAGGGAGACGGACGCGACAUGGCGACGUCGCGGCUGGAGCGGCGCGUGGACGGCACGUUCCUGCUGCGACCACGCGCACACCGACACGCACUACGCGCUCUCGCUCAAGUCAGUACCGACGCUGUCUCGCUCCGACGUAGGCCCGGUGAGGGAGACGGACGCGACAUGGCGACGUCGCGGCUGGAGCGGCGCGUGGACGGCACGUUCCUGCUGCGACCACGCGCACACCGACACGCACUACGCGCUCUCGCUCAAGUCAGUACCGACGCUGUCUCGCUCCGACGUAGGCCCGGUGAGGGAGACGGACGCGACAUGGCGACGUCGCGGCUGGAGCGGCGCGUGGACGGCACGUUCCUGCUGCGACCACGCGCACACCGACACGCACUACGCGCUCUCGCUCAAGUCAGUACCGACGCUGUCUCGCUCCGACGUAGGCCUGGUGAGGGAGACGGACGCGACAUGGCGACGUCGCGGCUGGAGCGGCGCGUGGACGGCACGUUCCUGCUGCGACCACGCGCACACCGACACGCACUACGCGCUCUCGCUCAAGUCAGUACCGACGCUGUCUCGCUCCGACGUAGGCCUGGUGAGGGAGACGGACGCGACAUGGCGACGUCGCGGCUGGAGCGGCGCGUGGACGGCACGUUCCUGCUGCGACCACGCGCACACCGACACGCACUACGCGCUCUCGCUCAAGUCAGUACCGACGCUGUCUCGCUCCGACGUAGGCCCGGUGAGGGAGACGGACGCGACAUGGCGACGUCGCGGCUGGAGCGGCGCGUGGACGGCACGUUCCUGCUGCGACCACGCGCACACCGACACGCACUACGCGCUCUCGCUCAAGUCAGUACCGACGCUGUCUCGCUCCGACGUAGGCCUGGUGAGGGAGACGGACGCGACAUGGCGACGUCGCGGCUGGAGCGGCGCGUGGACGGCACGUUCCUGCUGCGACCACGCGCACACCGACACGCACUACGCGCUCUCGCUCAAGACGGACAACACGGUGAAGCACAUGCGUGUGUGCCACAAGCCCAUCGACCAGGUGCCGCACUACUUCUUGUCGGAGUCGCGCUUCUUCCGCAGCAUCGUCGAGCUCGUCUCCUACUACGAGAAGACCAGCCUCUCGGAGAACUUCGUGGGACUAAACUCAAACCUCCGCUGGCCAUUCCGGCGGGUGGUGGCGACGGUGAUCCACGACUUCCGGCCGCUGGACUCGUCGCAGCUGGCGCUGCGGCCCGGCGCCAAAGUGCUGGUGCUCAGCAAGGAGGGCGACAGCCGCGGCUGGUGGAAGGGACGCACCCUGGACAAGGGCGACAACCGGUCCGGUUACUUCCCCAAAGAAUGCGUGCGGGAGGAGCCGGAGUGCAUCGGCGCGCUGGACUGAUGUCAGCUGUGCCUCGCCGAGCGCGAGCUACACUACGCCGCGCCGCCACGCGCGUCCGACCACGACGCCGCCGACCUCGUC